AUGUUGUGGGUCUCUAUCAACAACUCGGUCCCCCUGCAUAAGGCUGGAGCACGUACCCCGAAGCACGUGAGUGACACAGCCAGAAGGACCAAGAGCUCGAACUCCGCUACCAGUACCAGCAACUUAGUCGGCAGCGGUUACUUCACGACCCAGAAGACCACGGCCAACGGAUCAACCACCAGCAGUACCGUGAUUCAAGAUAUGGAAACAGCGGCAGCAGCCACCGCCAGUAGAUCAAGCACACACCUUUCCAACUUCAAUGCAGGAACGGUGUUGCUGUUGAAGAAACUUUUCCUUAAUCGUGGCCAGAGCAAAAUGUACCACAGUUUAUCCGGUAAAACAGCGUUCCUGCUCGGGUCUGUUCCUCUCUUUGGCGUCGUAGCAUACCAAUCAACCCUAGUCAAGAAGACUAUUGUUCGGAGCUGGCAUUGGCGGCACUAUAUAUUCAGCAACGACAGUGAUGACGACGAGUUCCGAAAGACACUACGACUUCCACGGCCAGCAUUUUGGAAGCUGCUGGACAUUAUUGAGCUAGAUACCACCCGCAAGCGGACUAAUUGGUGCGUACCGCUAUCGCCAGCGAUUCGGCUGUGUGUUUAUCUAUACUAUGCUGGACAUGGUUGCUCGCUUCAGCAAUUAAGCGCACAGUUCGGCAUCGGGCGCAGUACUGCUUCUGGAAUUAUUAAGACUGUGAGUGAAUCGAUUGUUUCUCGGAUGGAGAAUUGGAUUUCGUUUCCUGAAACUCGUGCCGAGCUACUCGAGUUAUUAAGACAAUUUGAGCAGAACCACCACCUUCCAGGAUGUGUUGCAGCAAUCGAUGGUUUUGCCACAUUCCCAACAUUCAGCCUGCAGUCCCAAAGAGCAACAAGUUUUACAACCGCAAAGAUUUUUAUUCUUUGA